AUGCAGCGCACGUUUUUACCCUUGGAACCACAUGGGCUUGAUUGCCACCCGAAAAAAAGACAUAAAAGCACUAGUGACCAAGGGUCCGGAUCCACAACCAAUACGACAUUCCCGGGGGGAAAGCUGAUCUCUGACCACAUCAGCCUAGUUUCUCAUCAUCAAAUGGCGGUUCUACUGGAAGAACACGACAAACAACCACUACCGCACUGUGAUGAGGUAUUUCCCUGGUUGCACGGCUACUCUGGCUCCAAAGAACCCCCUCGUGGAUAUCGCUGGACAGCCGUCAUUCGUUCACAGCCACUUUCCCAUGGCAUGAUCGAAAAUUCAGGACUUUUGAAGUCGUCUCUCGAUCCACACGAGUUUCUGAUGGCCUGGGAUCAUCGCAAACACUCUUUGGAAUCUGUUAUUCAGGAUGUAGCCAAAAGCGUAACGUUGUCCGACGACGAGCUAAAGCUACUGAUACAUGCAUGUAAAAAAUACAAACUCUUCCCUUUUCUCGUCACAGACGCAGAUGCUCAAGGUAAAUACGGCGCUGGCGCUGCGAAAAACAGAGUUUGCAGCUCUACUCCGACUUCUCAACCAAAUCAAUCUUCAGGGUGGAAACAGCCAGGCAUGUUUCGCAGAUUUGAUCUCCAAGUUGCCAAAUUCAUAGAAAUGUCACACACUUGCGUGGUUUACUGUCUGAACGAAACGCAACAUUGGACCUCUUGUCAUUGCCAAGAGCUCGCUAUGCUUGUAUAUGUGGCCCGCAAAUGCGUUGAUCCACUUGGCGAUUUCAAAAUCGGUAUCUUGAACACUAAAAAAAUCGAUCCAAACUGGUGGGGCACCCGACCCAUGAAAGUCGAGGCGUUACAGAAGGAAAAGGUCACACAGUUGGCAUCAGAUUUUGACGUUGCCUCUUUUAACAAUUGGGAUCGCGAUCUUUUUUACCGCGAGCGUUUGGAGAUCUCCAAGAUGUCCAGUGCCUCUUGUGUGAGCAGCGAAUACUCCACCUGGUGUGGCAAUAGCACCGACUUCGAAAUAUUCAGACUGACCAGUCGUUUAUCAGCGCAUGAUAGCGCGCAGAAUAAUGGACAUAUUGUUACUGGACAUCAAAAUCUGAACACCGUCGUACGACUGCCUAAUCUAGCAACCUCAAAUCAGCGCACAGUAGAUACCCAACUUUUCAAUUUCCCCCAUCCGUCCAAAGAGUGGAAAUUUUUUGUGCAUUGCACUGAGUCCAGUGCUCUUCCCGAGCUCUCAAAAAUCUCGAAGUUACUGAAACAUGUUCAAUCAGAGUUCUCAAUUGAUCACACAGUAAUAUCAUUCCCCAACUCAGGAUCCUUGGGGCUGGGCAAUCUGAACCUGGAUUCUAUCAAGGUAAUCUUAAACACCUGCUACCUUAUCUACUGCGUUGGAAAACUGACAAGUUUUGGAAGUCUGAUAUAUUGCUCAGAUGGCUAUACAGAAGCUUCAUUUUUGUUGGUUGCGUAUUCGAUUUUCGUGUGGGACCUGCCACUCGACCAGGUACUUUUCAAAUUGCACAAGGACGCCCAAAGGCCCUUUUUCCUCUUUCCAGUAGAUUUACAAGUGUUAGGUCAUUUACAGAUAUUGCUGAGAGAACUGAGUCCGAAAAGAAUCAACACCACUACAUCAUGUCUUGAGAUCGAUCCCGACCUCUUCAGUAAGAUGUUCUUCAUAAAAUACCAGGAUAAUUACAACCUGGCUCAAUUGAAGGGCCCCCUCCCAUCUAAGGUACUACCGCAUCUAUACCUAGGAUCAUUGGAGCAUGCACAAAGUCCAAACCUGUUACAGGAGCUGGACAUUACAAACAUUGUAUCGGUGGGUGAAACUAUGCCGUGGCUUUCUACCGCAAUUUCACGCCAAAAGACUCUUAAAGCGAGCCAAAUCAACUACAGUCAAACAGUUCAAAGAUCAAACGUCAGCGUCACAAUGUCAUCGUCUGAGAUAACUCGAAUUGAAGCGAAAUCUAGCAAAAUUGACAAUUACGGCUCGUCAAUAGUGGAAGCAAACGGCUUCAGAGUUCUACAUAUCACCGACGUGGACGACAAUGGUGAAGAUCGCUUGUUGGCGCAAUUGGAUGAAGCUUUGUCUUUCAUCGAUGAGUGCUACAAGCGUGAUGAAAAAGUGCUAGUGCACUGCAUGGUUGGCGUAUCUAGAUCUGCAACUGUUUGCAUCGCAGAGUGCAUGCGACGACUUGACUGCGACAUAUUGAGGGCAUACCUAUACGUGCGCGUUCGUCGACUGAACAUUAUAAUCCAGCCAAACUUGAUGUUCGUUUACGAGCUCUGCAAAUGGCAAGAGGCGCAAGGAAAGCGUCGGACUGUUGACUGGCAUAUUGUAUGUCGUGCAAUAUCUGAACUAAAUCGUAUGUAUUUUUAA